AUGAGAGGCCUCACGAAACUACUGUCGCUACCCGCAUCUUUGCUCAUCUUGGCUCUCGGCCAAUGCGCCGACGCUCAAGACCCCCAAUGGCGUUACAACCUACCACGAAACGCAAAGUACUAUCCUGAAGACGAAUCCCAUGUCAAGAGAGGCCUCGAAGCGCAAGAGCGGCUGCAAUGGCAUGCGCCGCAAGGUGUGCGAAAGAUGGGCGAUGACGCUGGGGAGAAGUUCUUCUUGGACUAUUGGGACUUUGGUGAGCAGGUUGCGACUGAUAGUGGCAGCUCGUUGGAUGUUUCAGCACUGCGUAGGCCGGUGAUAUAUGAAGAUGCAACAGGAUGUGACAACGAUACGGGUACUUGCAGGCUGCACGCACCCUUUCGAGGGCAGGCGAAUCACGAGCGAUCGCCUUUCUACAAGAUCUUCGGCAGAAGCAACUUCAAACGAGAGUUCGAGUGCCCAACCGGCACAAACUCCUGCAGCAACGUAGGCUCAGACCUCUGCUGCCAAAGCAGCGAAACAUGCGUGAACACAGACGAUGGCGUAGGCUGCUGUCCGAACGGCGCGUCUUGCGGUCAAGAGGUAGCAGAAUGCGACACUGGAGCAGGCUAUUCCAGCUGUCCUGACAGCAGCAAUCGCGGCUGCUGCCUCCCAGACUUCGAAUGCCUCGACACGGGAUGCGUAUUCUACGGCACUUCCACAGUUGUAGCUACAGCGACCCCAGCGACUGUCCCAGCGGGCACCAUCAACCCAACGACUAUGACCGAACGACCAGAAGGGACAACAGUCAUCGUAGCAGGCGAAGGCUCAACCACGACCGUAACAAUAACGAACCAGGGCACAACCGUUACAACCACCGUCAUCUCCCCCACCACUAUCAUCAUUGGCGCAUCGAGCACGAGCUGCUCCUCCGAGUUCUUCUCCUGCCCCUCCUCUCUCGGCGGAGGCUGCUGCCGCAACGGUCAAGGCUGCGCAACAAACAACUCCUGCCCAGACCUCACCACCACAACCUCAGCAACCGCCCGUCCUCCGGACCGCCCCACCUCCAGCGCCGACAGCUCCAUCACUGCAGCAGACACAACCAUCACAUCCCAGCCCGCCGCAGGAGGGACCGAUUCUUGCCCAACAGGAUUCUACAUGUGCUCAGCAGUAUACCUGGGUGGAUGCUGUAGAGUCGAUCGGAAUUGCGACACGACGAGUUGUCCAGAGGGCGAUAGGACGGCGGUUGUGACGAGUGGCGUGACGAUUGAGGCGGGUGCUGGAGCCACGGGGAGGUGUGCGAGUGCGUGGAGUUCUUGCGGUGCUGACGUGGGUGGUGGGUGCUGUCCUCCGGGUUUCAACUGUGGAGUGAGCUGUGUUGCUGAGACGGGUGGGCAGACUACGGCGAGGGUGGCGGCGAGUGGUGGUGCUGUCGUUGGGGUGGGGAGGUAUGGGUCGAGUUUUUGGGGGGUUGGGGUGUUGGUGGGAGUGGGGAUGGUUUGGUUGUGA